AUGAGUUCCAUAAGCCAAAGCAUUCUCAUGGCAUUAACAGUAACAGUUAACAAAUAUGCUUCCUCCAAUGUUCAAGCCGUACGAAGAAACGAUUCCAAACGCGAUUCUUUAACCUCUCCAAACGCGAUUAGAGGACGCAGAAACGUUCUUUUCUCUUCAUCUUCUUUCCUUGCCGCCGCUUUAACCACCAGUGAUCAGCUUCUCCAGAAGUAUUUGAAGAAGACUGAAGAAAACAAAACCAAGAACGACAAGGAGAGACUGGACAGUUAUUACAAGAGGAAUUAUAAAGAUUACUUUGAGUUUGUUGAAGGAUCUAUAAAAGGAAAGACAGAAGCAGAGCUUAGUGAGUCUGAGAAACGGAUUCUUGAAUGGCUUAAGGCCAACAAAUGA